AUGACCGAAUCAAGAGAUGCAGGGCCAAGCAAAGAUGGUUCCGAAAUCAAUGCGACCAAGAACAAGACGCCUGCGAAACACAAGGCUUCUUCUGCAGCCAGUCCAGAGACGUCAUCGAAGAACUCCAAGAGGCGUAGAAAAGUGAAUCACGCAUGCAUUUACUGCAGACGCUCGCACAUGACCUGCGACCUCCCAAGAGAAAGUGUAAAGAAGUCCAAGUCAGAACGAGAGGGUUCCAAUGGACAUGGUGACGGCACACAAAACGAAGCCAUGGCCAACGACAGUUCUUCAACGCUCAUCAGCCAGCAAACGACUGCACCAGAUACAGGGCUCGAUCUAGCGCCUCCUCCUCGGAGUGCUAAUAAAGCUAGCAGCACAGCGUCAGUCACCCAGGUCGACUCCGUAUCCGCGCCACAGCUACCUUCUCUCACCUCUGCUGCUCAGCCCCUAAUGAACUACGACGACAUGUUCUCUUCUCAAAAUAACUUUUCGGAUAUGCAUCAAUUCCACCCGUCAUAUAUGUUCAAUACCGCCGAGGUUGGUAACGAGUAUAAUCUUCUCAACGAUUUUCUCAACAACAGUCUCAUGGAUGACAAUACCUUCUAUGGAGGCGGAGAUCUCCACACAUUGUUCACCGAUGCUUCUCUUUUAAACCCGAUGGGAACGCUGACGGACAAUACCGCCUUCAAUCCUAAUGCGCCCAGGAAUUCCCAAUUAUUACCACCGCCUGCUCAGCCUACUUCCGACAAUGCCAUCAGACGUCCACAAAGCCGUCUACCUAUCGACAAGGCACGAGAGAGAUAUUUGAUGACAGCCGCCGAUCCUGCCGGUGCAAGCUCCGACAGCCCGGAAGAGCGCAUGAACAAGCUGCUGAAAGCGAAGAUGGAUGCAGGAUUGCUGAAACCAUUUAAUUAUGUCAAAGGAUACGCUCGGUUGAAUCAGUACAUGGAGCAGAAUUUGCAACAAAUCUCACGCGUUCGAGUGCUACGACAGCUGGACAGGUUCCGCCCUAAAUUCCGCGAACGAAUGCAAAAGCUGACCGACGUGGAUUUGGUGCGCAUCGAAAUGUGGUUUGACAAGAGCUUGAUGGAGUAUGAUCGGGUUUUUGCCAGCAUGGCUAUUCCGGCAUGCUGUUGGCGAAGAACUGGCGAGAUCUACAGAGGCAACAAAGAAAUGGCUCGACUGAUUCAUGCACCCAUCUCGAAGCUCAGAGACGGUAAUAUUGCGUUACAUGAGAUUAUCGCGGAGCCUUCGCUGGUGUCCUACUGGGAAAAGUUUGGUGCUAUUGCCUUCGAUCACACCCAAAAGGCAAUCUUGACAAGCUGCUCGUUGAAGAAUCCAGAUCCAAACUCCAAGGAUCCAGAAAUUCGAUGCUGCUUCUCGUUUACUGUCAAGCGGGAUAUGUGGAAUAUACCGGCGUUGAUCGUAGGUAACUUCCUACCCAUUACCGAGGCGACUUCUGGCUCAUUGCCGGCCUCAUAG